AGGUUAUUUCACCUUUUUAAUAAUCCGGACAAACGAAUUCAAAACAACAAAAAGUUAAAGCUAAAAAAAAAUAGAUAUCUAUCCAUCUCUCUCUAAAAUCCCCUCCGGUAUUACGCCGGGCGACACAGAAGAAACCGCUCUACUUUUUAACUCUCUCUCUCCUAUAUCUCUACAUGCACAUUCUUUCUCUCUCUACUGCAAAUGUAUUAUUUUUUUAAAAAAUAAUAAUAAUAAGAUUUUCUUCUCUGCCUUUCUUUAUAAGUAUACGUCUCAGACGAUCCUUAAAGGGCUUCUGGCUUCAUCUUCUUUUUCUCUUCAUUUAAAUCUCAGACAACAGUUUACAUGCAUUUGCUCACUUGAUCUCCUCAUAGUUUCAAACUUCAUUUUCUUCGAAAAGACAUGCAAUAGAUAAGAUCUUCUGAUAAAACUUCCUCGUAAUUAUCGGUUUUUUCAACUUUUUCAUAGUCUUUCUACCCACAAAUGCAGAAGUCUCUAAAAGCUUUAGUGUAACGCUUUGAUCAGGAGGAUUUUUACCGAAGAAGAACAACAACAACAAACAAGAGAGAGAAAGCAAAAGAAAUUUACUUUUUUUGUUUGUUUGGUUAUUAUAAAAAGAAGAAAGCAAAAGGAAGAAAAAAAGAAAAGAAACUUGAUGGCUCCGAUGACGAACUGGUUAACGUUUUCUCUGUCACCAAUGGAGAUGUUGAGGUCAUCUGAUCAGUCUCAGUUUGUGUCCUAUGACGCUUCUUCCGCCGCCUCCUCCUCUCCUUAUCUCCUCGAUAAUUUCUAUGGCUGGACGAAUCAAAAGCCUCAGGAGUUUUUCAAAGAAGAAGCUCAGAUAGCAGCUUCAAUGGCGGAUUCAACAAUCCUAACAACAUUCGUCGACCCACAAAGCCAUUCCCAGAAUCACAUCCCAAAGCUCGAAGACUUUCUCGGCGACUCUUCAUCAAUCGUCCGUUACUCCGACAACAGCCAAACCGAAACGCAAGACUCCUCCCUCACUCAAAUCUACGAUCCACGUCACCACCAAAACCAUAACCAAAACCACCACCAAACCGGGUUUUACUCCGACCACAGCCACGAUUUCAAAACCAUGGCCGGUUUUCAAACCGCCUUCUCGACAAACUCCGGUUCAGAGGUCGACGACUCCGCCUCCAUCGGCCGGAAUCAUCUCGCCGGGGAGUAUUUGGGACACGUGGUCGAAUCUUCCGGUCCGGAGCUCGGGUUUCACGGUGGAGCCACCACCGGAGGAGCUCUGUCGCUUGGGGUUAACAUUGACAACACUAAUCAAAGGGGCAACGAUAGUAAUCCGGUCACUGAGCAUCAUUACCGAGGAAGUAACAAUGGUGAGAGAAUCAACAGCGAGAAGACGGAUUCCGAGAAAGAGAAGCCGGUCGUGGCGGUGGAAACAUCAGAUUCAUCUACUAAGAAGAUCGCUGAUACGUUUGGACAGAGGACGUCGAUUUACAGAGGAGUUACUCGACAUAGAUGGACGGGGAGAUACGAGGCUCAUCUAUGGGAUAAUAGCUGUAGGAGAGAAGGUCAGGCCAGGAAAGGACGUCAAGGUGGAUAUGACAAAGAAGAUAAGGCAGCUCGAGCUUACGAUUUAGCAGCUCUUAAAUACUGGAAUGCUACUGCUACCACCAAUUUCCCUAUUACGAAUUACUCGAAAGAGCUAGAGGAUAUGAAGCACAUGACCAAACAAGAGUUCAUUGCCUCACUUAGGAGGAAGAGUAGCGGAUUCUCGAGAGGAGCUUCGAUAUACAGAGGUGUGACAAGGCAUCAUCAACAAGGACGUUGGCAAGCAAGGAUUGGCCGUGUCGCCGGGAACAAAGAUCUUUAUCUCGGAACCUUUGCAACGGAAGAGGAAGCGGCUGAGGCAUACGACAUAGCAGCGAUCAAAUUCAGGGGAAUCAACGCCGUAACCAACUUUGAGAUGAACCGUUACGACGUGGAAGCCAUCAUGAAGAGAUCACUGGGAUUUAUGGCGCCAAAUCCGGCUGAGUUCUUCCUCUGGCCUAAUCAGUCUUACUAA